GGAACCGGGGCACCGGGGCGGGAUCGGGGCCAUGGGACACGCGGGCGGGCCGGGGAACUGGGGCGUUCGGGGCGCCGAGGGGUUUGGGACAAUGGGACACCGGGCGAGCCGGGGAACCGAGGGUUUCGGGGCGCCGAGGGGUUUGGGACAAUGGGACACCGGGCGGGCCGGGGAACCGGGGAUUCGGGACAGUGGGGAGCCCGGGGGUGAAGGGGUUGAUGUGCACACGUGGGGGUCUAGGUCACCGGGAGCCCCGGGUGGGUGAUGUGCACUGUGGGUUGGGGGCGGGUCCAUGGGGAGCCCAGGCGGGGUUUCUGGGGGGCUGAUGUGCACCGGGGAGCGCGGGGAUCCCGGGCAGGCUGGAGUGCACCAGGAGCUGGGUCGGUGGGGGCACCACGGGGCUGAUGAGCACCGCGGGGGUGGGGGCAGAUGCCGGUCCCGGGAGAGCAGCCCGUCCUGGGGUGCACAGGAUGUCCUGGGUCAGGGGUGUGGGGUGUGCUGGAGAGGGCUCCCGGCAUCCCGGGAUGGGCUGGGGUGCAGGGGUGGGCCCGGAGCAGCGCAGGGGCUGACAGCCCCCCCAGGCUCCUGGGUGGAGCUGCGCUGUGGCCCAGGCUGCCCCGAGCCCGAGGCGGUGCCCUCGCCGUUCUCCUGCCACGCUGACGUGGAGCGGAUGCUGCUGGAGGCCCAGCUGGAGACAGAGAGCAGUGACGGGGCCCUGCUCGUGCUGGGCUCUCCAGCCUGGGAUGACAACGGAACCAGCCAUGGGAGUGAUCAGCCAGGGGAGAGUGAGGUGCUGCCUGCCCACAGCCAGCCCCAGCCCAGCUGCCCCCACCCCCGGCAGCGGGAUGUGCCACAGGAAGCCAAGUGGAGGCAGCGACGCCUGAGAGCGUCUCUGGGCUGGGCCUGUACCCGCUGCCCUCGGUACCUGUCUCCAGAGGAACUUGCCUUUGUGUGCUCCCCCCAGCCAGUGCUGUGGAGCCUGCAGGGAGGUGCAGUGGGGAGGAAGAAGAGACUUUUCAGUUCAGAGCUGCUGCUGCUCUUCAUCCCCUCGCUCUUGCUCAGCCACCUGCUGACCCUGGGGCUGGGGAUCUACAUUGGAAAGCGCCUGGCAGCCUCCUCAGCCAACCCUCUGUGAGGAGCUGGGCAGGCAGCACCUUCUGCUCUGCUGGGAAUGCAGGGAGAGCCCGGCAGCAGCAGCCUGACCGCUCCCAGGCCCCGUGUCUGUCUGUCUGUCUGUCCUUCAGCCCUGCCCCAGGAGCUGAUCCCACUGUCCCUGUAGAACGGAACCCACUGAUGGCUGCUCCCAGCUGCAGGCAGCCCCUGCCCUCCCCAGCCCCUGGUUACAGCUCCAGGUCCCCCUGUAACAGACUGUAAAUACAACUGAGCCCACCUCAAUAAAGAGCCCUGUGCCAGCUCA